GUUGUUCUCGCGUUCUUCGACGGCCAGAAGAGUAGUGGUCGAUCGACCGAUCGGGAGCGAGCGAGCGAGCUCGUCGAUCGUCGUCGGUAUAUAUGGCGCCGGCGGCGAAGGGCUUCCUCGACGCCGCGGGCACCGCCGCGCUGGCCGUCGCCGUGUCGCUCGCGGUGCACGUCGCGAUCCACUGCCCCAUCCAUCCGGAGGGCCCGCCGCCGCCGCGUCCCGGCGCCGCUCGCUUCCCUCCCAACAACCUCCUCCAGAAUCUGGAGAAGCUGGGGGAAGGGCGGCUGAGCGCGCCGGAGGACGUGUACGUCGACGCCGCCGGCGAGGUGUUCACGGCGACGAGGGACGGCUGGGUGCAGAGGAUGCGCGCCAACGGGUCGUGGGAGCAGUGGGGGCUCGUCGGCGGCACGGGGCUGCUCGGCAUCGCGCCGUCCGCCGACGGCGCCGUGCUCGUCUGCGACGCCGACAAGUUUUCGUGUCAGGGAUUGUUGAAAUUAGAGGAGAAUGGACGUGUGACGCUUCUUGCCUCGGCUGUUGAAGACUCCACGAUCAGGUUUGCGGACGCCGCGAUCGAGGCCUCCGACGGCACGGUCUACUUCAGCGACGCCAGCACCAGGUUCAACUUCGACAACUGGUUCCUCGACUUCCUCGAGUAUCGCUUCACCGGCCGCCUCCUCAAGUACGACCCUUGCACCGGCAAGGCGUCCGUCGUGCUCGACAGCCUCGGCUUCGCCAACGGCGUCGCCCUGUCGCCCGACGAGGCCUUCGUCGUCGUCUGCGAGACGAUGCGGUUCAGAUGCUUGAGAGUGUGGCUGAAAGGGGACAAUGCUGGACAGGCAGAGAUCUUCGUGGACAACCUGCCGGGCAAUCCGGACAACGUUCGGCUCGGAUCAGACGGCCACUUCUGGAUUGCCCUUCUCCCGGUGAGGUUUUCUCCAUGGCUGGACCUCAUCGCCCGCUGGAGCUUGACUAGGAGGGUUAUCGCUUCGUUCCCGACGCUCUUGCGGAGGACCAAGGCGAUGAUGAAGGGAGCAACGGUGGCUCAGGUGUCGGUGGACGGCGAGAUCAUGAGGGUGCUUGGUGACUCUGAAGGGAAGGUGAUUAACCUAGUCACUUCGGCGACAGAGUUCAAUGGAGAUCUCUUUCUUGGGAGCCUGGCAACCAACUUCAUAGGAAAAUUGUCUCUGGAGAAUGUUCUACAAGAGCAUAGGGAUGCAGCUCCUUCGUAAACAUUUACCGAGUGACCCAUUGAUGAUAUAUGCAGGUUUAGUUUAUUUCAUAAAUAGAAUAUAACAAUAUACUCCCAUGUUUUGGUUAUAAUAAUAUGUUAAAACCUAAAACAGAGAUAAUAGAAUAAAAGAAGGGAUAAUCCCUCGCAUGUAUCUCAAAUUUUGGCUAAUCUCUCCUAUGCCCCCGAAUUUUGCUUGCUUACUUG